CUCUGGUACUUACCUACCCUAAUAUCGGGAGGAACUUUAUGUGAUAAACAGGAGUGUGAUUGAAUCGAGUCUUGCAAGUGGGCUGACGGCUGGCCUUCUCAAACGCGUCUGCUUAAAGGGCGGUUUCUCUAGGCACACCAGUCAGUCAGCCUUAUCCAAACCAGCACCACUUUUCAAACAAUUCUUGGAUUUUCUCCCACCUCUCUAGUAACUGAGGUGCCAAUUAAUCACCCACCGGUUGCUCGAGAAGUAGCGUGUAUGAAAUGCGCCCGCUUCCCUGACGUCUUUUGCCAACGUUCCACGGCUCGAAGACGACCGUCCUAAAUUGACCUGCGCCUCUUUCGUGUCUAUUGCGAUCUACCUCCGUUGACCGCCAGUGUUCAAUCCUUGGUGGAUGGGCUAGGAAGGAGAAGGGAACAAUAUGGCGUCUAAGCGCAAAGCAUCGGCCAUGGCCGUGACUGUUUCAGACGAACCCGUCGACCCAUCCGACGAGCUGAUGUUCCUAUGCCUAGGUGGAGGAAACGAGGUCGGGCGAUCCUGUCAUAUCAUACAAUAUAAGGGCAAGACGGUCAUGCUGGAUGCCGGUCAGCAUCCCGCAUAUGACGGUCUAGCCUCGCUUCCUUUUUUUGAUGACUUUGAUUUAAGCACCGUAGAUGUGCUCCUUAUUAGCCAUUUUCACAUUGACCAUGCUGCUUCUCUACCUUAUGUUUUGGCCAAAACCAACUUCAGAGGCAGGGUCUUCAUGACCCAUCCCACCAAGGCCAUCUACAAAUGGCUGAUCCAAGACAGCAUAAGAGUCGGCAACACUUCGUCCCAUUCAACUUCACAACCGGUGUACACCGAGCAGGAUCACGUCAACAGUUUUCCCCAGAUCGAGGCUAUUGACUAUCACACCACUCAUACGAUUUCAUCCAUCCGCAUCACCCCUUACCCUGCUGGCCACGUAUUGGGUGCCGCCAUGUUUUUGAUUGAGAUUGCUGGCCUCAAUAUUCUAUUCACGGGCGACUAUUCUCGAGAGCAAGAUCGACAUCUAAUCUCUGCCGAAGUGCCUCGUGGGGUCAAGGUCGACGUGCUCAUCACCGAGUCAACAUAUGGCGUGUCGACACACGUCCCUCGCCUCGAGAGAGAACAAGCCCUCAUGAAAUCAGUCACAAACAUUCUCAACCGAGGAGGCCGCGUGCUUAUGCCGGUAUUCGCCCUCGGCCGAGCACAAGAGUUGAUGUUGAUUCUCGACGAAUAUUGGGGUAAGCAUGCAGAAUUCCAGAGAUUCCCCAUCUACUAUGCUAGUAACCUCGCCCGAAAGUGUAUGGUGGUAUAUCAGACGUAUGUUGGUGCCAUGAAUGAUAAUAUCAAACGUUUGUUCCGAGAACGCAUGGCCGAAGCAGAAGCUGCCGGAGAAGGAGGAGGCAAAGGAGGUCCCUGGGAUUUCAACUAUGUCCGAUCACUGAAGAGUCUAGAUAGAUUCGAUGAUGUUGGUGGCUGUGUCAUGCUAGCCAGUCCGGGCAUGCUGCAGAGCGGUGUUAGUCGGGAACUCUUAGAGAGGUGGGCGCCCAGCGACAAGAAUGGUGUGAUCAUCACUGGUUAUAGCGUCGAAGGCACUAUGGCAAAGCACAUUGUCCAAGAGCCAGACCAGAUUCAAGCUGUUAUGUCUCGCAAUACUAAUGCCAUAAGGAGGGCCCCAGGUGGGGAGAGCGAGAAAGUUAUGAUACCUCGGAGGUGUAGCGUUGCAGAAUACUCAUUCGCCGCCCAUGUGGACGGCCAGGAGAAUAGAGAGUUCAUUGAAGAGAUUGCCGCACCUGUUGUCAUUCUAGUCCACGGAGAACAGCAUAACAUGAUGCGACUGAAGUCCAAGCUACUGUCGCUCAAUUCUAAUAAGGCCGAAAAGGAUAAGACUAAAGUCUACAGUCCCCGAAAUUGCGAGGAACUUCGAAUCCCAUUCAAGACAGACAAAGUCGCCAAAGUUGUAGGCAAGCUUGCGGCCAUUCCUCCUCCCGGGCAGCUUACCGCUCCCGACAGCGCUGAAGCCGAACUUAUAGCGGGUGUCAUCGUCCAGAACGACUUCAAGAUGUCGUUAAUGGACCCCGAGGAUUUGCGAGAGUAUGCAGGUCUUACCACGUCCACAAUUGCGUGUCGACAGAGACUAAGGCUCAGCGCCGCGGGCAUCGACCUCAUCAAAUGGGCAUUGGAGAGCACCUUCGGCACCAUUGAAGAACUUCCUGAGACCAAAUUGAAGCAGCCAAGUGAUAACAGCGACUUGACGAAUGGCAAGGAUGAAAUGGCAGAUGCAGACGAAGAGGUAGCUCAUGUGGUGGCCGCCUACCUGGUCAUGGGUUGCGUAACGGUCAGAUAUCGCAGCAAUGGCGAAGUAGAAUUGGAAUGGGAGGGCAAUAUGCUGAACGACGGCAUAGCGGACGCUGUUAUGGCAGUUUUGUUGUCAAGCGAGAGCAGCCCCGCCGCAGUCAAGAGAUCCGCCAGCAAGCAUUCUCACAGUCAUUCACACGGUGACGAGCUCCCUUCGCGCAACCCUCAUGCAAGCUUGACGCCCCAAGAGAGACUAGAGCGGUUGUUCCUCUUUCUAGAGGCCCAGUUUGGCGCAGACGCCGUGACACCAUUGGCGACGCCAAAAUUACCGCCUCUGGUGAGGGACAAGAAGCCCAAGAGACCAGACGGAGACGACAAUGCAGACUCAGAUGCAUCUAUGGAAUUAUCGGACGACGAAGAGGAGGAAGAACGGCUCCUUGAAUUGCGACAAAAGACGGAGCUCGAACGACUACAUAAAAUCGGCAUCCCAGUGCCAGGCAUCAUCAUCAAGGUGGAUAAAAUGGUAGCUACAGUCUGGCUGGAAGAUCUCGAAGUUGAGUGCAGCCAAAAGGUAUUAGCGGAUAGAGUUAAGGCGAUUGUUGAGCGGGCAGUUGAAGUUACAGCUCCGCUCUGGGCUUAGUAACGAUGGGAUGAAUUGCGAUAAUCAUGUAAGAUAUUACGAUAUUCUAGGAGCGCCUAGUUUUGCGCUUUACGACAUCCUACUGCUAUGGGCACGGCUGUCCAGCCAGGAGUCUCAUACCGAGCCUCAAUAUCAGACUUAGUAACAUAAGUAGCAUACGCAAAUCUUAUAGAUAUGUAACUAUGUAAGCAGCAGCCAACUGUAAUG